CCUAUAUAAUUCGAGGAAUGAUUUUUCAUAUUUUAUUCAGUGCAACUUUCAACCUUUUCAUCCUACAUAACUUCGUUACCAGCCCAAAUCUAAUCGAUUUAAAAUCUAAUGAUCGUGAUGAUAUCGAUAAAAAUAUUCUGGAAAACGUCAACGAAUCUCGCAUCGAAUCAUAUCUACGAGAAUUCAGUAAAAAAGUUCACGUGGCUGGAACUGAGAGACAGAAAGAUUCCGCCUACGCUAUUCACGACGAAUGGCUUAAACUCAAGCUCGAUAGCGUCAAAACUCAAACGUACCAUGUCAUGUUAACCUAUCCCGAUGAGAAAAAAUACAACAAGGUUUCGUUGAUUGACACCAUGGGAAAUGUUAAAUGGGAAUCUUCGGGGAUGGAAGAUUACUUGUCACCGGACAAUAAUGAUACAAAACUUGUGUCACCUUUCAACGCGUAUUCGGCUGAUGGAAAUAUCACGAGCGAUUUAGUUUACGUCAAUUAUGGUCGUUACGAUGAUUUUUUGAGUCUAAAAAAUGGACUGAACCUUUCGUUGUCCGGUAAAAUAGGCAUAGCAAGAUACGGCUCUAUCUUUAGGGGUACUAAGGUCAAAAAUUCGGAAAUAUUUAAACUUGCCGGUCUGAUCCUAUAUUCCGAUCCCACCAAUUGCGCUGCCGAAGGUACAGAUACUAAGGAAGUAUACCCUAACAGCUGGUGGAUGCCUGAAUCGGGUGUUCAGAGGGGAUCCUUAUCACUUAUAAAUGGUGACCCUAUGACAAUGGGAUACCCUUCAAUUCCAUCCAUGUAUAGAGAAAUGCCUUCAAAGGGCGAUCUGCCGUCCAUACCAGUUUACCCCAUCUCGUACUCUGAUGCUUGGCACCUAUUGAGCAGCAUGGGUGGUUCAACCGUUCCUAAAGCAUGGCAGGGCAGCAUAAACACUACAUACAGAACUGGACCUGGAUUUAUUGAUUACAAAUCUGAUUGGAAAGUUAAGCUCGAGGUCAAUUUCAAAAGGGAGAAAAGACCAAUCUACAACGUGAUAGGGCGCCUAAAUGGAGAUAUAGAACCGGAUAGAUACAUAAUUUUAGGUAAUCACAGGGACGCGUGGACAUAUGGAGGCAGCGAUCCUAUAAGCGGCACGGCGUGCUUGUUAGAAGUUACGAGGGUUUUUGCCCUGUUACGUCAAGGCGGUUGGAAGCCUAGAAGAACCAUAAUAUUCGCUAGUUGGGAUGCGGAGGAGUAUGGAUUGAUAGGCUCCACGGAAUACGUAGAGGAGAAUCUGAAAGUUUUAAAACAAAGAGCGGUAGCUUAUUUAAAUGUCGAUAUAUGUGUUACAGGUAACUACUCCCUAAAAAUAAACUCGUCCCCAUUAUUAUCUAAAAUUGCGUACGAAGUUGCGAAAAUGAUACCAAACCCAAAUAAGACGGAAAUUGAUCUAGGCCGAAAAAUGAUUUACGACACUUGGCUUAGGGCAAGUUCUAUACCGAAAUCUCGGAAGGAAAACCCUUAUAUAGGUGAGCUAGGUGCUGGAAGUGAUUUUGUGCCAUUCAUGUAUUACGCCGGUGUUCCUUGUAUCGACGUGCGUUAUAUAUUUAAUAAGGAAGAGAUGAAUAUUUCGAAUUACCCUUUAUACCACACUAGGUAUGACACCUUUUACAAUGUUCAAAGGUACAUAGAUCCGGGGUUCACGUAUCACAAAGCGAUGAGUCAAUAUUUGGCUAUAUUGAUCCGCUACCUAUCCGAUUCUCUCAUCUUACCACUAUCGCCAACUUUUUACGGAAAAUCGCUAAAAAGAUUUUAUGAAGAUGUAAUAAAAAACUACGAGCCAACCCUAAAGUCGAACAGGAUAUGUACGGACAAUUUUAGGGCAGCCAUAAGUUAUUUCCACGACAAAAUGACCGUUUUCCAAAAGAGAUCGUUAUCAAACAAUCAAAACUAUUCCGCCAUACAAACUCGUUCGCUGAACGAUAAAUUAAUGCUAAUCGAACGAAGUCUCCUAGAUACCAAUGGGUUGCCUAACAAACCUAUUUAUAAACACUUGAUAUUAGCGCCAUCUAAAACGGAUCAAUAUAGCGGAUCCGGGUUUCCGGCUUUAAACGACUUACUUUACGCCCUCAAUCAAUCUAUUAAUUCGAAAGUCGAGCCGGAAAUUUUAAGGUUUUGGGUUGGCGAUGCGAUUUCUAAAAUGGACCCGAAAGAGUGCAACAACGGGAGUGAUCAUCAAAAUGAUUUACUGAGCUAUACAUCCUCUGAUGACUCGUACAACUUUAUCGUCAAUUCAUCCGGAGAUCCAAAGUCAUCAAGUUCAGAAGCUUGCGAAUAUUCGAGCACAUCUAAGAGCACGAGUGAUUGUAAAUUAUCGAGUUUCAUAGUCGAGGCCAUCAAAAAGCAUAUAGCUAUUUUAGCAUUUACACUAAGAUCUUCCGCUGACAUGUUAGAUGAUUAAGCAAUAUUUUUUUUAUAUAAUUACAAAUUUUAAUGAAUGAAUGUAAACUAAAGCAAUUAUUAAUAUAAAAUAAAUAAAAAAUUCUCGAUGGUAAGAUAAUGACAAUUUCUAGUCACAAGUAAAUUUAUUAUGGUUGUUCUGUUUAUAUUUAUAAAUCAUUUAUCGCAAAAAAAAAAUGGCAUAAUCAUUCAAUGCUAGUAUUCAGCACUUUAAAUUCGAUAUAACAUAAAAGUAUUCAUUUAUCAUGUAUUAUUAUACAAUUAUAAGGUCUAUGUUUUAAGCCCAAUGUAUAUAAUUUUUUUUUCCUUCCACACAAUAUAUUAUGCUUGAAAAAUUAAAUUUUAAAUAAUACCGUUUUUACCAAUAAAAAAUCAACCAAUCUCUUCAAAGACUAAAAGAUUACGAUUAUAAAGAUUCUAUACAAAAAAAAAUAUAAAUAGAUUUCUAUCAAUCUAAGUAUUUUCAUAAUAGAGAAUAAAUCUAUAUUAUAUUUAAAUAUAACAAAAAUAAACCAGUGUUACUAAAAAUAUUCUGGAUAUGUAUAUAGGUGAAAAUGUGAUUUAAACAAUAUACAAGAUUAUUAUAAACAUUUAAUUUUUAUUUAAAAAAAAAUGAUAAUUU